AUCAUCUGGCAACACUGCGCCAUUGUCGCUGUCAGCUCAGCCAUUUGCGUUUGCGUUAUAUUUGUUCUUGUUGACAUUUGUAUAGUUUCGAAUGUAAUUGCUUGCGCUGAACCUUAUCAAUAGUCUUGGAUUAUUUUUUUUCCUAAUAAAUUUUACCACAUGUGCCACAAUGUCUCAGAAAGUGUGUUUCAAGUGGAAUAAUCAUCCAAUUAAUUUGUUGUCAUCCUUCAAGAGCUUCCAGUCAUCAGAUGUAUUAGUUGAUGUAACAUUGUCAUGUGAAGGACACAGUCUAAAGGCACACAAGUUAAUCCUGUCUGCUUGUAGCCCAUACUUUCAAUCCCUUUUCACAGAAAAUCCUUGCCAGCACCCAAUAGUUUUUAUGAGUGAUGUGAAAUUUGAAGUCAUGAAAGCUAUUAUGGACUUCAUUUAUAAUGGAGAAGUUAAAGUUGCUCAUGAGGAUCUCCCUGCAUUCCUAAAAGCUGCAGAAGCACUUAAAGUGAAGGAAUUGACUGAGAUAUGUGCAGAUAAUAGUAUCUACAGGACAGCUCAAGGUCCAAAUUCACGGAUUGACAGCAAUACACCACAUUCUCAUAGAGCUUCUACCCCUAUGAAGAAACGAAGUAGGGGCCGGAAAAGAUCAAUGAGCGACUCAAAUAAAAGUGAUGACGAUAUAUUUAUAAAAAAAGAACCUCUUUCACCAGAUAAUCAUGAAAUUCAUGAAAUUUCAAAUGAUGAAUUUUAUACCCCACGGGAAAUAAAAUCAAACGAUGGUUUGCGUUUAAAUUCUCAUGUGCCUAUGAAUGCCUAUUCAUCCCCCCACCAUCAGUCUACAAGGUGUAUAAUUAGAGAACCAGAUUCUGAUGAAGAAUAUGAAAUGGAGUCAAAAUUAUUAGAACAGAGAAUGGCAAGUAGUCGACCAUCCAAUAAUCAAGGCAAUCCUGGAUUAUCUGUCUCAUCUGAAAAUUUGAGAAUAGAAAAGAAAAUGAGAAUCACAUCUGACACAGAGUCUUCCAACAUGCAAGGUCCUCCUGAAAGUCCAAUAGAUGUGAAGCCUAUCAUUGAGUUUGAAGAUUCUUCAGAAGGAGAAGGCGCAAUGAUGUAUAAUGAACAGUUACAACCAGGACCAAGUAACUACAGAGAAAGUUCCUUAGCUCAGCAAGAAGGCUCCCAAUCUCAUGGUAGCAUCAUGUUUGCAUCUCUACCGUUUUGAAAGCUGUGAGCAGGUUGCCUUAGCUUCUGCUAACAGAUUUGUUCAAGUCAAAUCUGAUAAAAUUAUGUUGUUUAAUUUUUUUUUUCAAUGUGAUUUUCCCCGUUUAUUUGUGUGCUCUAACUCAGCCAUUACUGUGUUACAUUAUUUUCUGUGUGUGGGAUGGAUAGUUUUUCUUUUACUUCCUCCAAUUUGGUUAAUAUCGUACAUUAUUUUCUUUGAAUGUUUGAAAACUGUAAGGCUUAAUGUGUUGUUGAAUUUUUUUUUUUUUUGAAAUAGAAAGCUUUUAAGGGGAAAAAAAAUCACUUAUUAUUAUGCAUAGUUACAUCUAACUAUCCAUUCCAAAUGUUAAUAUCUUAUUUUUCCAGCCUGCAAAAAAAAAAAAAAAAAAAAAAAGAAGAAGAAGAAGAAAGACUCCCUCAAAAAGGUGUGAUUUUCAGUUUCAAACUAAUAAUUUUUUGUCGAAAAGUGUUAGAAAUGAAGUUUAUACAGCUAUCUACAUUGAAUGCCAAAAGAUUUAUUACUGCUUGAAGAAGUGCCACUUAUGAAUGUUGGAUGUUAGAACCAGAAUAGUUAGUACCCAGAACCCAAGAAGCGUGCACUUGUAAGUAUGCAUUUCAUUAAUACGGUAAGUAUGAUUUAGUUGUUAUUCAAUAGUCAUUGGAAGCUUCUGUAACUGACUUUUUUUUUCUAAUAGUUGCUUUUCUUACAGCUGUCUAAUUGAAAUUUGUUCUUUCAGCAAUUAAUGAUUUUUAUAGGCUUUUAAACAGGUUCCGUAGGUUUCUUCCAGUUAUGGCCUUGUGAAACAUUAAAAGACUCCAUACUAGAAUUUUUUGUGAAAAAAUUAACUUCGAUCAAUUCUGUAAUAAGUGAAGUUUUUCAAGAUCUUGAAAUUUUGUAUUUGCCAAUAAAUAAUUUCUGCUCAA